AACAUAAAAUUUAUCAUCAUAAACAGAUAAUCUAUACAAACUGCCCAAUUCCCCCCGCAGGUGUGUAUAUAAUUCCAGUGUUAAUUACUGAGACUUAAAAGAAUUUUUUUUACCAGAACGAUGAAUUAGAGGAUCUAUAAACAGACGGAAGCUGCAAUCCUAAAAACAUUUUCCUGGGAAUAAGCCCCAUUGAAUAAAAUGGGACAUACUUCUGAAUAUAACCUAUUUAGCAUUGUGCUUCCCAAUACCCCCAUCAUAAACAUGUUUAGUUAAAAGUAAAUCCCGCGAUCCACUGGGUUUUCUGCCUAACGAAAGGCAUCAGCUUUCCUCGCCCACAUAGUUCAAAAGACAGAGCGGUGCGCUGUGGGCGUUGUAGUUUCUGGGAGAACCUACGCCACGAAAAUCACGACCGAGUGACGGCAGCCGUCACAGAGGCUACAGUCAUUCACCGUCUCAGUCUUCAUUGAUAUUUCGAGUCCACCAAUGUACUGGUUUCCCAUUCUAAAUCCCAAUGCCAAGCAUGCAGACCAUAGAUGUGCCUCAGGAUAGAUAGAGCGGCGCCAGUCUGUCCCAUAGAGAAUCAUGGUUUUCAUUUUUUACCAAACUUUCAGGUCAUUUUCGGUGACGUACUGCGUUCUGGCGUGCCGUCUACUCGCAGCCGACUUACGGCGACCCAGCAAUGGGGCUUCCAAGACAAGUGAAACUCUGAGGCGGUGCGCCAUUGCCUUCCUCUUCAGACUCUUCUAUAUAGCCUACCUUGCGCUUGAGCAGAAUCAUUAUCCACAAAAGGCCUCCCUGUCCAAACACAGCACACACCCCCUGCAGUUACUAUGACUACGAACCGUCAUCGGAUGGGAUGGGCAGGGAGCGUGAGAUGAAAAAAAAAAUCUGUACGCAAGCGCAGUAAAGGUCUCUGACGUCUAAUGGCUGCGUCAAAAGUAGAAUGACUUCUUGCUACGUCACACCCGCUGAGACUCAGACGGUGUCCUGGUCUGGGGGGUGGGGAAAGUCCAGUUAGCCCGUGAGGCAAGUGCGGGGCCCUCGAUCUGCCUUCGUGAAAGAAGCCGGAGGGUGAUAUUGACUAAAGGGGAGUCUCUGGGCCCUGAAGGGAGCGUCUUGCGCCUCUCGUGGUUUAUUGUGUUUGCUGCUUACAUAGGGGGGAAUGGCUGCUGAUACUUCUGUUGAAAUGUUUUCAAAAGUUCUGGAGACUCAAAUGCUUCAGACAGCCAAUGCUAUAGAACAACAACUUGAUGAAAACCUUGAAAAACUUGAUCAGAUGGAUGAAGAUGAAUUGGAACUCCUAAAACAAAGAAGGCUUGAAGCACUGAAGAAAGGCCAGCAACAGAAACAGGAAUGGCUUUCAAAAGGACAUGGGGAAUAUAGGGAAAUCCCCAGUGAAAGAGAUUUUUUUCAAGAAGUGAAAGAGAGUAAAAAUGUGGUUUGCCACUUCUAUAGAGAUACGACUUUCAGAUGCUUAAUAUUAGACAAGCAUUUAACAGCAUUGGCAAAAAAGCACAUUGAAACCAAGUUUAUCAAAUUAAAUGCUGAAAAAUCCCCAUUUCUGUGUGAGAGACUUCACAUCAAAGUAAUCCCCACACUAGCUCUUGUAAAAGAUGGGAAAACCCAGGAUUAUGUGGUUGGCUUCACUGAUCUGGGGAACACAGAUGAUUUUACCACAGAGACCUUAGAAUGGAGAUUAGGCUGUGCAAAUAUAAUCAACUACAGUGGCAACUUGAUGGACCCCCCUUUCCAGAGCCAAAAGAAGUUUGGAACCAGUUUCACAAAGCUGGAUAAGAAAAUGAUAAGAUCAAAGGCAUAUGAUUCAGAUUCUGAUGAAGAUUAGAUGACCUGAUAAUUAAAAAAUAUUUGUAAAUCAUCUUUUCCUUUAAGCUUGAUACAUUUCUAGGAAUGUUUUUUAUAAAAUUCUUUGUUUUUAGGACAUUUGCACAUAAAACUCAUUUUCUAAACAAUUUUAUACAACUCAUGAGAAGAAAUUGUAAAUAUUUUUUUUCCUUCCUGGAAGGUCAUUUCUAGGUUGAAAAAAAUCUGAGCCCUUUUGAAAUAGUUCUUGGGUGGAUAACUUUCCAUGUUUGUUAGUUUGAAGUAGUUCUGCAGAAUGCAUAUUAGUACUUUAUACCACUUAAAACCACUAUAAUAAAGAAUUCCACUUGUUAGGAAUUGAUGAAGAAUGCA